CAACAAUUCAACACAUGACCAUGCAUUACAAGUGUAUAUCUGUUAUAUUUUUCUUAUUUAAUGCUUUCAGGAGAAGACGCUCAUUAGCACGUGAAAGUCAUUGUAAAGCCAUCUGUUUAUUUAACGUAAUUGCGCAGCUGUACUGUAUAUUAACAGCUAAUAAUUUGUGUGGCUCGAAAGAAGAUAAAGAUCUGCUUGAGUUUAGCGUGUAUUCAAGAUAAGCGCUGCCAAAACUUGCCUGUUCCGCAAAAUGUUUCGUUCAAGGAAAACUGUUAAAGAAUUCGUCGCCUUAAUGUCAAUACCGUUUAUGUUCUCAAUUUUUGUAAUCUAUAGCUACCAUACGUCGACUGAAACGGAAAUAUAUAUGUAUUUAAAAAGACAUAGUGCUACGCGGAAACAUUUAAAGCCAAGGAUAUCGUCGUCGGGGAAAAUAGAACUGUUAUUAUUCGUUGGCAUACACAGCGCUCCGUCACGUCUUGAUCGGAGAAAUGCCAUGCGUGAAACAUGGAUGAAAGAAUGUCAAUCGAAUUCUAAUGCUGUUUGUCGUUUCUUCACCGACGGACAAGAGCCAAAUGGACAAGCGUUGCAAGGAGAGAAAAGAAUUAAACUUGAAAACGAGAGACGUGUUCAUGAAGAUCUUCUACUAACUGAAGUUCCCGGUGGGGUUAAUUUUGCCGUAAAAUAUCUUUGGAUGUUGCAAUGGGCGAAGGAAAGAUACGACUUUCAAUACUUUCUUCGCCUUGAUGACGAUUAUUUCAUUUGCUUUGAUAAGCUGAUGCUGGAAUUAGAAAUUAUUCGACCAAGGGAGAAAUUUCAAUGGGGCUGGCUGCAUUGUGACCGUAAAGGUAUAUGUGUGAAAAUUCAGCUAUUUUUAUCUUAAUUAUGAACUUGCUCGCAUGAGUAGGCUAUAUUGAAUUUUCGGUUUAAAUGAAGUGUAAUAUAUUUCAAAUCCGCCUAUGAGGACUGGACUAGAUUUCAAGUCCGGGAAUUUGAUUUAGUUCGAGGCGAAACCGAAGACUGGUUCAAAAUGCGAGGACUUGAAAUCUUUAGUUUAGUCCGAAUUGGAGGAUUUGAAAUGACAUCUCAUGCGAAUAAAUCACUCUUAAAGUGAGUUGAAUUAAUUUUCAUGACGAGCCGCACGUUUUGAAAACCAGCGGGAUUUGCAAACUGAGUUUGCAUUUUUCAGGAAGCGGGUGCAGCUUACCCACCAACAAUUAACGCUAUGCGAUGUCAUCAAUCCAGGAGAAACUGCUCAAACACAGUGUGAGAUCAAACAUGUAAUAAGUUUAAUUUCAGUCCGAAUAUUAACUUACAUAUGUUAUAUGAUAUUUUAGGUACAGUUUAGUACAAAUAAAUGGCUUGAUUGUUGACAGAGUUAACACUACAGGAUACCGCUGUAUACCGCUCGAGGUGUACAUGUAGCUAAUUCACAAUGCAAUUUUGGCUUAGAUGCGCCAAAAGAUGCUUCUGGUUUAGAUGCGCAAUGCGUUUAUGCGUUCUUAUGUAGGCUAUAUGGUAUAAAUAUCUCCUUACUAGUUUGCUUUCUCUUACGGAUUGCAAUUGGCCUACACUGGAAAAAGUUCGCGCAAGGAGCGGAAAAUAGAUUAUAUAAUUAUACAAGAUAAUGUAUUUUGAAAGGCCAUAUAUUUGCGUUACGUAUUUAAGUAUUUUGCUCCAUAAAUUUCAAGGAAUAAUUGUAAUACAGACUCUCAAUAGCUUCCACUGGUUAAGAAAAAUGAAGCGUCUUCAUACUAGAAGGACUCUUAAAAGGAGCAAAGGCUGUAUUUUGUGUUGCGCGGGCCGUGAUUUAUAGUGAUGUGAAAUCUGGACUAGAUUUCAAGUCGGCGCAAUUUGAUUUAGUCAGAUCGGCGAAACCGAGGACUGGUUCAAAAUGCGAGGACUUGAAAUCUAUACUGAGUCUAGUCCGAACUGGAGGAUUUGAAAUGACAUCUCAUACGAAUAAAUCGCUACUUAAAGGGAAAUGGCAAUAUAUUUUUUUAUUUUCUCGUUUGCAAGAACUUUUGAAACUAUUUAAUAACUUCUUUUACCGAUUCUUCAUAUCUUGCUUAGUUCUUGAAAUAUUUUCACUUGAAGUAAUGAGAUGUCGGCCAUCUUGGAUAAAUUUAUGAUCUCAUUAACGGUAGUUUUGGUGAUGUCACAACAGGGAUUAACCAUAUAAAAGUAUUCGUUGCUGACCAAAUAUUGAUUGGCAGAUGUUUUAAAGGUUUCAAGUGAUCUUGAUAUUUCGAAGGGCAUACAGAGUAUAAUUUUUAGUGCAAAAUGAUUAGUGGUUGUCUAGAUAGAAAUAUUCCGUGACCCCUGUUGUGACGUAACAUGCAUAUCUACAAAAAUCCAAGAUGGCGGACAUUUCAUUUCUUUCGAUUAAAAUAUUUGUAGAAGAAAGCAAGAUAUGAAAAAACGGUAAAAGAGUUCUAUAUAUGCUUUUUAAUGUUCUUUCAAACGAGAAAAUAAAAAAAUAUAUUGCCAUUUCCCUUUAAAGUGAGUUGAAUUAAUUUUCAGGAGUCCAGUUCUAGGACUGGAUCAAUAUAUACUUCAUGUCCAUGACCAGGUGUCCAGUGUAGUCAUGUGAGAAAAACAAAGCAAUAUGCGUUUUUCAUACGAAAGUGUUCACAUUCAGUGUUCACGACGCGGCUAGAGAAGACGCGUUAGAAAAGCUUGGUAACUAGUGCGUCUAAGUCUUGUGUAAUUCCAAAGCGUAGUCGACGAUUCCACGACGGAAUUUUGUCAAGUUAAUCACGUUGUGAUCACUACGCUGUCAUCGUCUCGAAUACUUUUACAUUGAAAACGUGAAUUUAAGCCCGGACUGAGAUUUACCCGGUUUGAACUGAAAUUCUAACUCAGCCCGGGCUGAAUUUUGCCGUGUUGACUGGGUUGAAAUUUCAGUUCGGUUAACUGAAUUGAAAUUCAGCCUGGGCUGUAAACUCGUGUAAUGUAACCAGCCCCUUAGGCUUUGUCAGAGGUUGUGUUUGUAUAACAUGGGAAAAAAUUGCACCGGAAUAUUACAUCAUAGAACUGCACGAAAGCAUGAAAUUAUCGGUGUGUCGCAAUCGUUGCCCUGAGAUUUAUAAAACAGAGAUCAACUUCGUUCUCAGGCUCUUACCAGUAGUGAAGGAAAGACCCUGGUAGUAUCUGUUCACAUGAUCUGCUAAAAUCGAACAGAUUUUAAAUUUUAAUUGAUAAUGAUGAUAUUGACAAAUAUUUGAUAUUCAUAGUUUAUUUUAAAACUUGCAUUUUGUUUUGCAAGUUCUAUUUGAUUUUAAAGAAAUCCAAGAUAGUUAAUGGACCAUUUGCAUUAUAGACUAAAUUUUGAUCUAAACAAGUCUAGACAAAAAUUUCAUCACAGCUUGAAAGAGCAUCACAAAAUUAGUAAUAUUCCGGCAAAGUUUCGUUGCGAAAUGUUGUAAAAUGCGGACAAAUGCGGACUAUAGCCUUGCGAAGUUUGCCGUUUUUUCAGUCAUUUUGUAUUACAAACGCCAUACGCUUGUUGAUGAAUAGAUAUUUACUAUACAGUAAGUAGAAAUAGCUUACCGUUAUAACUUUAGACUAUAUACUUCUAAACAAACCUUCAAAAUGAACAAGAAAUCCAUGUAAAUGCUUCUAUCGCCAACGCAAAGAUUCAGUCACGCAAAAUUAUAAACAUAUUUCGCGCGUCCUCGAGUUCUGUUAACAUUCAUGCCCAGUUUUCUCUAAAUACUGCUCGACUCACAGGUUUAUGACCGGUUUACAUCCGCCGGAGCACAGCCGUUUAGCCAAUCGAAUGGCGUAUCGACCGGUUUACUCUCAUGGAGAAAACUCUGACCACCGGUUUACUCAUAAUUGCGGGCGGUUAUGUGUGAUUCAUGCGAUGUUUACAAGUCCACGACCCACGACGAUAUAUUAGCAGAUUAUUAGUCUAGUAUUACAACAUUUCGUAAGAGGAAACCAGGGCGAUAAGUCCUUAAUUAUACGCUCGGUAACCCAUAAGCAAAUUUCAACAACAGUGUUUAUUAAGUGGCGUAAUAGAUUAGACAACAUCAAUUUUAUGAAACAGAAUAUUCUUUAAAUUAGUUAUAUACAUGGAAGGUUUUUUCUCUCUUUGGAAAAUCUGACAGGUUUAUAUAAACCUGUCAAACCUGUCUGAAUCCGCCCCUGAACGGGAAAUUGACAGCGCCAAAGGGUAUUGGGCUGUCAAUUUCCCCCGCGUAAUGCAGAAUGACUGAAAAACGGCAAACUUCGCAAGGCUAUAUUAUCCGCAUUUUACAACAUUUCGCAACGAAACUUUGGAAUAUUACUAAUUUUGUGAUGCUCUUUCAAGCUGUGAUGAAAUUUUUGUCUAGACUUGUUUAGAUCAAAAUUUAGUCUAUAAGCAAAUGGUCCAUUAGAAAUUUGCUAGAUUUUAGCAGAUCACGUGACCAGCUCCCACCCGGGUCUUUUCUCCAACAGGUAAGAGCCUGGAAGCAAGGUUGGACAAAGAUAUGGCAGCCAUUUUGGAGCAAACACGCUCCAAAUACAAUAGCUGGUAAUGAGAUUUUGUAGUGUUUAUUGACUAUGAAUAUUUUUUAUUAUUCACAGUCACAGAAGCUUUCGGCUGCCAGGUCAAGUUGCUUAACAGGUGACAAUUAUGCAAAAACUUAAUUAUGUCUAAAAUUAUGAGAUUGCGCCGAAAGUCGUCUGCUACAUACGUAAAAAUCUCACAUCUUGUACUUAGCAAGUCCGCC